UGCAACUAAAUCACCAAACGAGAAUUUUAUAUAAAGUACUCUUGUCAAAUUCACCCAAUUAUACUUCCAUUGUCACCAACUCACCAUACCAUACGAUUGGUUUUGAGGAGCUCAUCGUGUCUUAUUUACAACAAUUUACUGUUAUCACUUGUACCCAGAUAACUAACUAAUACACUACUAGUCUACUACCAGUAGUAUAACUUGAUUAACAUCACAGAUUUUCAAAAAACUCUUUCUAAUUGGAGUUGAACACAAAUCCCAUCAAUGGCAACACAAUUAGUCUCUCCCUUAAAAUCAACCUUAUCCCCAAUUUUUACAACCCCAGAAAAAUUAUCAACCCCCUUUUCUUGGAAAUUAAACCCAAUUUAUAAUCCACCCCACAAAUUUUCUGCACCUAAGUUGGUUUCUGGUGGUGGGUUUUUGAAGAGUGAAAGAAGGAAAAUCAGCUUCAGAACAUACUCUUACUCUUCUUCUUAUUCUUCAUCAUCAUCUUCAUCUUCGUCAUUUGGUAAUUUUGAUAAGAAAAAUGGGAAUAUUAUGGUUGAUACUUGCUUGGUAAUUCCUCCCCCAAAUUACAAAAAGCCUCGUGCAAUUAUCAAGUUUCUUGGUGGAGCUUUUAUUGGGAAGGUUUCUCAUGUCACUUACAGCUAUCUAAUUGAGUUAUUGGCGAAGGAAGGGUAUCUUGUUGUGCUUGUUCCUUAUAGUGUGACAUUCAAUCAUGAAGUUGCAGCUAAGCAGGUUUAUGAAAGGUUUAAUGCCUGCUUGGAUAUCCUUCUCACUUCUGGAUUGUCUGAAGCCAGACUCGAAGCUUCCCAGCUUGUUGGCCUUCCUGUUUUCUCUGUCGGCCACAGUAAUGGAGCACUUCUCCAAGUUCUGACAGGAAGCUACUUUUUUGACAAACUACCAAAGGCUAAUGCCAUUGUUUCGUUCAACAACCGGUCAGCAACAGAGGCAGUGCCAUACUUUGAACAGUUGGGCCCUUUGAUGAGUCAGGUCAUGCCAAUGGUGGAAACAAGUCCAAUGUAUUCAAUGGCUACUAGUGUAUCAGGAGAUGCAUGGAAGGCGUUACUAGAUGGAGCUGGAGCAGUAGUAGCUCAAACUGAUGCCGAGUUAUUUUCUUCAGUUACUCAAUUUGUUGAUCAAUUGCCCUCGGUGCUAAAUGAGGUUAGACAGGGAGUGUCAGAGUUCAAGCCAACACCUGCAGAAAAUCGUGAACGUUGCAAAAGUUCAUACAACGUCCCACACACAUUAUUGGUGAAGUUUAGUUUUGAUACUAUUGACGAGACUGAUCUCCUCGAAGAGACACUGAAGCCCCGUGUCAACUCCAUUGGUGGGACACUUCAGAAGCUCCAACUAAGUGGUAACCACCUUACACCAUGCAUACAGGAUCCAAAAUGGCAAGUGGGUGACCUCUACACACCUGUAGAUGCUAUCGCUCAAGGCCUGAAAACUGCUUCAUUGAAUGAUACCAAAGUUCUCGCUCAAACCAUAACCAAUUGGUUUAAGCGUUUUGAAGAAUAAUAUGAUCAAGGCUUGCAGUGAAUUAUGUCCUGCAUAUUACAACAAGAUCUCAUUGCAGAGAAGGAAAGUGUGAUGAGUGCAGUUUUAUUCGUUAGAUGCAGGAUGAUUCGAGCCUUCGACCUCAACAACUAAUGGAUUACUGUCAGAAGAAUAUUAAUAUGGCUUGCUCUAUUCACUGAAAAGGAACGAGAUUGAUAAUCUGGAAGGAUAAAUAAGAUGCCUAAGAAGUUUGUGACUUGUAACUUGUAAGCAUAUAUGAUAUUUGUUAAUACAAAAUAUCAUUGUAUUCUAGUAGAUGGAAGCUUAGCCAUCGUUGACCUUUAUCAGGUCAAUAUAACUCUGCUUGACUAGGUAAUGAUCAAAAUCAAAGGGGAAAAAAAAGCAAAAAAAAAAGCAUGCAACUUGGGUUUGGAAGUAUUCAUUCAUUCAUACCUAAGGAUGUUAGGUAUUUAUUUAUUAUUUUUUUUAAAAAAAAA